AUGAAGUGCAGUGAUGAUGCCGACUUUGCUGUGCAAUCCCCAUCCUUGGAGCCCUUGUUACCACCUGAGGUGAGCACGCCUGACCGGAUGGUCGAGUGCUUGGACCGUGUGACCGACCUGAGGCGCAUCGUCGGUGCCAGUCAGCAGCUGGCUGCUAAGACCCGAUGGCUCAAGCAGGCUCGUGCACUAACAGUUGAUCAGGUUCGCAAAUUGCAUGAACUUCUCGAAGGCAGCGACGACCCCCUGUUGCGUUGCUUCGCUGCGUAUGCCUUGAUCGCCGUCUAUGGACGAUGUCGGCACUCUGACCUGCAGUGCAUCUGGGACCUAGAGUGCGACUUCGAUGGUGUUUCGGGCUUCCUGCAGAUUCGAACAGGUCGUCACAAGACCUCGACCACCGCCAAGAAGAAUGCGCAGUUUUUGCAUAUCUUGGUCCCUGCACAGGGAGUGGUCUCUCGUCCCUGGUUGCCUCUUGCAAUCCAUGCGUUUGAAGCCGUUAACCUGUGUUUAAGUGGCAAGAUUGACGGGCCCAUUUUCCGCCCACCCCUUGAUGCUGAGUGCUCUGCCCUCUGUGCUCGCCCCGCAUCCAAGGCCGGCACGCGCGCUGGCAUGGACCGUGAUACUUGUGCUGUCUUGGGUCGGCAUGCUCGCAAUCAACUCACGACUGAGGUUGUGUACAGUCGUGAUCUCAGCGUUGGCCUUUUCUCGCUUGUUACAUCAGGUGGCUCUUGGAGUGUUCGUGCCAGAUGCUCCUUUAGCGCUUUCUGGAGUGAGUUCUGUGAAGCCUCUCCUGGCCCAACACCGAUUUUGCCUGUCGUGAGACCCUCCGGAGCCAUCAAAGUUGAUUCCGCCUCCGAAGCCGAGGAGUCUGCGCAUGAGCGAAGUGAGGAUUCCUCUGAUUCUGAGGCUUUCCGAAGCAGCAGCUCGGACCGUGUGACCCAUUCCUCAAGCCCUCCCCUCAGCAAAAAGGCCCGCCGCUUUCUGCCUGAGACGCGAGAUGAGUCCGACGUCUGGGUGAUCCACCGUCGUUCCGCGGCCAAAGCAAUCUUGAUGCGUACCUUCAAGUUCUUGCAUGCGGACGUGUGCGCUCCGAUGCGUACAGAGUUGCCGAGGAUGCCGACCUGGAUGCGGUCGAGUGUCAGGGUUGCCGGCGAUGCAUUUGAUGGUUGUGGAAAAGUCGGGUCCGUCUGCUUGCGAAGGUAA